AUGGCGGAGCUUGCAUGGCGAUUGGAUGCGCACUACUGUAAUCACCCACCCCCCAAAUCAGAAAUCGCCGCCACUCCUCGUGCUCCGUUGGUUCGAUCCGCCGGCGGCGACGCCACGCCGGUCAGGUUUCCCGGUCGUUGGGCGGCGGCCAAGCUUGGAGAUGGGAGUUGGAGCCUGCCUGGUGAUGGGAGUCGGACGGCGAGCUGUGGCGACAGGCGCGCCGCGCCCGUGGAUCGGUCGCAGAUUGCGUCGCCGCUACAGUGGUUUGAUUCCGGCGUCGUCGUCGGUCCGAUCAAGACCGGGCGCCGGCUGCGGAGGUGUCCCGGCGGUGAUCCACGCCGCGUAGGCCGGGGAUUUUGGCUUCGGCCGCUGCUGUUCAAAGAUGCAGACAAGUCCUGUCAGGCCGAACCCCCUGCGGUGGCGAAGACGACGCGAUGCCACUCAUCACUCCAUCAGCUGCAGUGUGUGGAACAGUGUCAGGUAUCCAUUUCUCACUACUGGAGACGACGCAUCGGAUGCUCUCGCUGUUUUUGCUCACUGUUCUUGCAGCAUCGGAUGCUCUCGCUUUUCAUCUCAUCUGAAAAGAUGUCGGGCAUCAAUUAUUUCUCUGCAUCAAUCAUUGCCUUUUCCAGCUUGCUUUGGCACCCAUACACAAUUGUCGGGCAUCAAUUUCUCUCCAUCAAUCAUUGUCGCUUACUGCUCUCCAUCGGCAGCUGCUCCAUACCACAAAGCACACGCUCCUGCCGGCUGGACCUGGAUCCCCUCCUCAUUUUGCUCCACCCACCAGAUCUAGCUACCAUUGCCACUGCAACUUCUGAAGCAGCGAGGGUAGAGAGAUAGGCAUGGA